AUGUUUUUCACUGCAGACGGCAUUAACAGAAUUACAUUCUUAAGAUCAGAUCCGAUCUUUCAAGAAAAAUUAUUACAAUUCCAAUAUUCCAAAACAAUAGUUUUCCUGAAAGGUAGAGCUCUGGCGGUUAAGGAUAAUCCUAAGUCGUUAUAUCUCCCUUAUUUGACCGAUGUAUCCAAUAUCUUAGCAAAAUAUAGAGAAGUAUUUACCACAUCGCCAGAAAACAUUACCCCAUUUGAUAAUCAAUUUAGCCUUGUAUUUUUAGGUUUAUCUACAGAAUAUUCUCAAGAUGAUCACGUUUUCAGAUAUAAUGAUUAUAUGGGGGUGCCUGUAUUUGGAAUAGAUAUCCGUCAGGAUGAUUACGUUAUCCCCCAGAGCACCACCGUUUUGGAAUCAAUGGCUCAGGCUUUCACAUUAUCCAAAUUUCAUGCAUCUAUUUAUUCGUAUGCUCAAAUGUAUUUGAAAUGGCAAUUGAAAUACAAGUUUUGUCCAGGUUGUGGUAGUAGGAUGUAUCUUUUAGAUUUAGGUACUAAAGUCCAUUGUUCUUCUUCAUCAAAGGAAAAUAUGUGUCCCGUUAAAAACGCCAACGUCGAUAAUAUAUGGUUCCCCAGAACAGACCCUAUUAUAAUUACUUCCAUUACAAAUAUGGAUGGGUCGAAGUUUUUAAUUGGUAGAAAUAAAAGAGCCAGGAAAACUGAGCAAGAAGGUGGAUUUAGACUCUUCUCCACCGUGGCGGGGUUCAUGGAACCUGGUGAGUCUGUGGAACAAGCAUGUGUUAGAGAAGCCUGGGAGGAAACUGGUGUAAGAGCAUCAUCAGAAAACGUCGUCUUGGUGUCUUCCCAGCCUUGGCCCUAUCCUGCAAAUUUAAUGAUUGGUUGUAUUACCAAAGUUGAAUUUAAUGGUGUUAACGAAAAUGUAUAUUUAGGUCAUGAUCCUGAAUUGGAAGAAGCUAUUUGGUUUGAUACGCAACUUCUAAUCGAUGCAUUGGUAAGAUGUGGAGAAAAUACUUCGAAUCUCAUCUCAUUAACAGAUGACAUCAAAUUCCCAGGUGAUCGAACAAUCGCUUUUACUUUAUUGAAAGAAAUUGCAUCUAGAUAUGUAAAGCCCAAAUUAUAA